AUGGCUACCAUCCCAAACCCUAGCCCCAAAUCCUACCAGAAAUACCUAAAACCAGGGGCACUGGCCAAACUUAGAGACUCCAAAAUCACAUUGUCUAGACACAAUAACCGAAGAGAAACUCACAAUUCUCUUUCUCGACUAUUAUCAUCACCCUCCUUUUCCCCAAUCCAACAGGAUCAGUUUCUCAACCAUGAUAACACGGUUCCUUGCUUCCUUCUCCCAAUCUAUCUCAGGCGCCCCUGUUGUCUCCUCCGAAGAAAACUCUUCCCGGUUACUCCCACCUUUACCCUCACUGACACAUACCAAUUCUAG